AUCCUCCAGUCUUUUCUCAAGUCCAAUCAGGGAACACUCUCAACAUGGACUCAGAGAUCCACAUGUCCGCUCCAGUGUGCCUCAUUAAGAACACUGAAGAGCAACUGCUGGCUAAUCAGGAAGCUUUGGAGAUCCUGUCAGGCAUUAAGAAUCCUCUUGUGGUGGUGGCUAUUGUGGGCCUCUACCGCACAGGCAAAUCCUACCUGAUGAACAAGCUGGCUGGGAAGAACAAGGGCUUUUCUCUGGGCUCCACAGUGCAGUCUCACACCAAAGGAAUCUGGAUGUGGUGUGUGCCUCAUCCCCAGAAGCCAAGCCACACUUUAGUUCUUCUGGACACUGAGGGCCUGGGAGAUGUAGAGAAGGGUAACAACCAGAAUGACUCCUGGAUCUUUGCCCUAGCAAUACUUCUGAGUAGCACCUUUGUGUACAAUAGCAUGGGAACCAUCAACCAGCAGGCCAUGGACCAACUGCACUAUGUGACAGAGCUGUCAGAUCGAAUCAGGGCGAAAUCCUCCCCUGAUGCCAAUGGAAUUGAAGAUUCAGCUGACUUCGUGAGCUUCUUUCCAGAUUUUGUGUGGACGCUGAGGGAUUUUUCCUUAGAGCUGGAAGCAGAUGGUCUACCUAUCACAGCAGAUGAGUACCUGGAGAUUUCACUCAAGCUUAAACAAGGCAACACUCAAAAGGACCAAAAUUUUAAUCUGCCUCGACUCUGUAUCCGGAAAUUCUUCCCAAAGAAGAAAUGUUUCAUCUUUGAUCGACCCACUCACCGGAAGAAGCUAGGCCAGCUUGAGACAAUGCAUGAUGAUGAGCUGGAUCCUGAAUUUGUGCAACAAGCUACAGUCUUCUGUUCCUACAUCUUUAGCAAUUCCAAAACUAAAACUCUUUCAGGAGGCAUCAAAGUCAAUGGACCUCGUCUAGAGAACCUGGUGCUGACUUAUGUCAAUGCCAUCAGCAGUGGGGAUCUGCCCUGCAUGGAGAAUGCAGUCCUGGCCUUGGCCCAGAUUGAGAAUGCAGCUGCAGUGCAAAAGGCCAUUGCCCACUAUGACCAGCAGAUGAACCAGAUGGUGAAACUUCCUACAGAAACCCUCCAGGAGCUGCUAGACCUGCACAGGGCCUGUGAGAAAGAGGCCAUUGAAUUCUUCAUGAGCAAUUCCUUCAAAGACAUAGACCAGUUAUUUCAAAAGGACUUAGCGGCCAAACUAGAAAAAAAGAGAGAUGAGUUUUGUAAACAGAACCUGCAAGCAUCAACAGAUCGUUGCUCAGAUUUACUUAAGGAAAUUUUCGGUCCUCUAGAAGACUCUGUGAAGCAAGGGGUUUAUUCCAAACCGGGAGGGUAUCGUCUCUUCAUCCAGAAGACACAAGAGCUAAAGAAAACGUACCUUCAGAAACCUAGAAAGGGGAUACAGGCUGAAGAGGUUCUUCAGGAAUACUUGGAUUCCAAGGAAUCUAUGACCGAUGCAAUUCUACAGACAGACCAGACACUCACAGAAAAGGAAAAGGAGAUUGAAGUGGAACGUGUGAAAGCUGAAUCUGCACAGGCUGCAACAAAAAGACUGGAGGAAAUGCAAAUGAAAAAUCAGCAGAUAAUGGAACAGAAAGAAAGGAGUUAUCAAGAGCACGUGAAACAAUUAACUGAGAAGAUGGAGAGGGAUAGAAUCCAGUUGCUAGAAGAACAAGAGAGAACUCUAGCUUUGAAACUUCAGGAACAAGCCCGUCUACUAAAGGAAGGAUUUCAAAACGAAAGCAAACGACUUCAUAAUGAGAUACAAAAUCUUCAGCAGAACAGCAAGACCAAGGAGAAUGUGUGUCAUAAGCUGAAGACCUAAAGAACAGAGCUUUCCUGGUUACUCUUACCCAACACGUAACUUAAAUAAUUUCUGAAUUUGGAAAAAUAUCAUUAUACUUGAAAGUAAUUAAGUCUUGCAUUUUUAUAACACUAGAAAUUUGCAAAGACUUGCAGUACUAUAAUUAAAACCAUGUCCCUCUUCCUAAGAAAAUUGUAAGUUCUGGGAUCCCUGGGUGGCGCAGCGGUUUGGCGCCUGCCUUUGGCCCAGGGCGCGAUCCUGGAGAUCCGGGAUCGAAUCCCACGUCAGGCUCCCGGUGCAUGGAGCCUGCUUCUCCCUCUACCUGUGUCUCUGCCUCUCUCUCUCACUGUGUGCCUAUCAUGAAUAAAUAAAAAUUAAAAAAAAAAAAAAAAAAAAAAAGAAAAUUGUAAGUUCUAUAACAAUGGUCCAUUUUAUAUCUCUAACAACAUAGAAAGUAUGAGCUGGUACCAUUCAGGAGCAGUUUAUUCCUCUGGGUAACCACUAGUUAACAAAUGGAUACUGAGCCAAGUCUUAGGUAAAAGUUUAGGAACAUAGUUGGGCAUCAGUUUGGCCAAGUGUACAGUGGGUUUCAAUACUAGGGACAACCAUCCUAGCUUCUAGUGAAGACGGUGUGCAGUUUUCCGUAGUAUCACAACUACACCAUUUGUGAGCAGUUAUGUGAUCACUAGGCCCUGGCCAUGGACAAUCCUCCCUGAUGGAUUCCAAGCUAAAGCAAACCACUUUAUAUAGAGAGAUCUAGAAUCACUACAGAAUUUUCAUAAGAAGAUAGAAGAAACCAUUAGCAUGAGUAGUGGCUGGGUCAUCAAGAAAUUGGCCAAAAAAAGGAAACUCCUUUCCUGCUCAAUUCACCCAAAUUAUAACUUUAAUGGGACACUUUAGAAUUUUAGAUAAGUGGGCAGCCUGGGUGGCUCAGCAGUUUAGCACUGCCUUUGACCCAGGGUGUGAUCCAGAGACCCAGGAUUGAGUUCCACGUCGGGCUCCCUGCAUGGAGCCUGCUUCUCCCUCUGCAUGUGUCUCUGCCUCUCUCUCUCUCUCUCUCUCUCUCUCUCUGUGUGUGUGUCUCUCAUAAAUAAGUAAAUAAAUAACCUUUAAAAAAAAGAAUUUUAGAUAAUUGACACUGGGCUAAACAUAGUAAUAUGAUGACAGUUAUGCAUUGUGUAUAAUUCACAAAGAUGGACCUUAAAUGAUGACAAAUAAUAUAUUAGAAAACUGAACUAAAUUAUUAGAUAAUUUAUAAUCCUAUAACUUAGGCAGUAUUUUCCCUAUUCUUAACAGCCUGCACUUGAAAGUUUGCUGAUUUUCCCCAAAGAAAUUAUAGAUUGUUUUUUAUAUUUUUUGAUCAACAAAGUAAUGUUCUUGGUAUUACUUAGUAUAUAUAGACUUUAUCCUAAUUUUCUAAAGUCCUGGGUAAAUGGCUGAUGUUUCUUAAAAUGACUAAAAGUUAUUUUCAGGCUGAAAAUAAAAUAUUCUUCACUAGGCUUUUUAUUUGUGAUAGUUCUUUUUUUCUUUCAGUGUUCACCAAAAGAUAAGGCUUGACUCUUCAUAGCAAUGGUUGGCUAACUUUUCUCCAAAAGGCCAGAUGAUAAUUAUUCAUGGCAUUGUGGACUAUACAGUUUCUAUCUCAACUGCUCAACUCUACCAUGUAGUAUGAAAGUAGUCAUAGACAAUACACAAAUGAAUGAGCAUGGCUGUGUUCCAAUAAAACUUUAUUUUAAAAAUUAGGUGGUCCCCACAAACCAUAGUUUCCAGAUUAUUGCUCUAUUAAAUCAUUGGUCAAAUUCUG